GCAUCUUCAGAAGCUUUAUAAGUAGCCUGUGAUUCUGUGGUGAAGGUAAACUGUUGCUGGCUGAUUCAGGAAACAGAUCAUUCUGCAUCAGCUUUCAAAUCUGCAUCAUCUCAUCACCUCAUCAUGAAGCUGCUGGCUGUGUGUGUCCUGGUUUUCUCUGUGAUGGCUCAGACCAGAUCUGACCCUGAACCAGAUGACGGUUCCCCUGAUCCAGAAGUUGUUGUGGUCCAAGAAUCUUCUUGUCCUCCUGGUUGGUUUCAGAUCAACAAUCGCUGUUUCCACUAUGUUUCCAGAAUCAUGUCUUGGGCUAGAGCUAAGAGAAACUGUCUGUCCAUGGGAGCAAACCUGGCAUCAGUUCAUGACACGAACGAGUACCGUCAGGUUCAGUCUCUGAUAACUAAGGCAACUUACAAGUCCGGAAGAACAUGGAUUGGAGGCACUAAUGCACAGGAGACGAGCAUUUGGUUUUGGAGCGAUAGAAGCCCUCUGCACUAUACAAACUGGUGUCCUGGGAAGCCUAGAAAUGCUCAUGGCACCCAGCGCUGUUUGCAGAUGAACUAUUCAGAUAAAAAGUGCUGGGAUGACUACAUCUGUUCUGUCCGUCUUCCUUCCGUCUGCGCCAACAAAGUCCGAUGAUUCAGACGUUCACCCAGACUCUUAAAACAGAAUCCAGUGGAGGAUCAUUGUUAUGCAUUUCUGUUAACCUGACUUUUUCCAUCCUCAUAGAUAUCCAAAAAUCUCUUUCUGCUUCUUUGCUUCAACUUCUCUUUAAAAUGAGGCCACAAACAAACAGCAAGUGGAUUUUUUUCUCUUUAAUUAAAGAGUGUAAUUUAAGCAAAACACUUUCCUGUUUUCCUUGGCCUUGCAAAAAUAAACCUUUGAAGCAUUAAAAAGAA